GAAUGGUACCUAGCUCACAUAUCGCAGUCAUCACCAAGUGCAGGCAGGCAAACUCACAGACACAGCGAUCGGUCCUAAGCUGUACAAGCAGGGAGACUAGCUCGCAAGAGACACUACUUGGCGUCGUGAUCAGCAGCUAGCUAGCAAGUUCAGUCGAUCGCCAUCGUCACACUCGUCACGUCAUGUCGUCGUCGUUGAUGGAGCACGAGCAGGUGGUGUCGCCUCAGGUGUCAGAGGGCUGCUGCACCUGCAGCAGCAGCAGCUUUAGCAACACCACCACCACCAGCGGCGGCGGCGGCUCCCUGAACGCGUCGUCGCCGAGCUCCAGCGACGACUCCGGCGGCGGUGGCAACAAGGGCACGAAGCGGCCGCGGAGGGACCUGAAGCACCCGACGUACCGCGGCGUGCGCAUGCGGACCUGGGGCAAGUGGGUGUCCGAGAUCCGGGAGCCCCGCAAGAAGUCGCGCAUCUGGCUCGGCACGUUCGACAACCCGGAGAUGGCGGCCCGCGCGCACGACGCCGCCGCCGUCGCCAUCAAGGGCCGAGCCGCGCACCUCAACUUUCCCGACCUGGCACACGAGCUGCCACGCGCCGCGUCGGCGGCGCCCAAGGACGUGCAGGCCGCCGCCGCGCUCGCCGCGGCCACUGUGGUGGUGGCGGCUUCACCCGCCGUCGUCCCGUCCUCCUGCGGCCACGACGAUGCCGACGCCGAGACGGAGGACCUGCCGCCGCCUGAGCGGGCAAUGCCGGAAUGCGAGAGUGUGAAUCAAGCUCAGCUUGAGCAGCUGGGUGGCGACAUUGACAGUGGACUGGGGUUUACGUUCUUGGACGUGCCAGACGCUCUUCUAGACUUCGGGCACAUGUUGUCGCCGCUGCCGCUUCCGUCUUACUGUGGCUCGCCGUGGGAUGACAUCGCCGAUGACCUCUGCUUCGAGGAGCCAUUGCUGCUUUGGGAACACUGACGAUGCAAGACUAGCCAACUCCGUCCGUCCACGAGAUUCUUUUUUUUUUCUUUUGGUCGCUGUGAUGCGUGCUAACAAAUUUUGCAAAAGCACAUGUAGUUACACUGAAUUCAUAGUUUUCAGUUUUUGAUUCCAUUAUAGGGCCUUGUUUAGUUCCAAAUUUUUUUGCAAAAUGAUGUAGCACUUUUGUUUGUAUUUAACAAAUAUUGUCCAA